ACUAGCCGUUACCAUUUUCGAAAGAUCCCAAAAAGAAAGCAGAAAGACCGCUCCUUUCAUUUUCCUUUCCUUUUUGCCUUGCUUCAACUCUCAGCUCCUAUUUCUCUUCUUCCUCAGUGCCUCCGAUCUUAACUCAAAGCUCCCUCUUUCUCUGUCAGCUAAGAAGACAGGGCUGAUAAUGUUCACCGAAGGCUUAGACGAAUCAGCAAUCAACUGGAUCAACCAGGGCAAAGAAACAGAUCAAGAACCAAGAAUUAGAUCGCCAUUAACAGAAAAACUAUCACCUCACGACUCAUUCCCCAAAUCCCCUCUUAUUUACAACACUGCCCCUCUUUUUUCCCCCCAUAUUUUGCCUCCUCCUCUCAAAUUCCGCUCUGGCUUGCUUGGACCUCAUAGUCUGAUAGACGAGGACGACGACGAAAGCGUAGCUUCAGUUUCUGACGAUAUUGGCGGUGGAGAUUCUGCGAAUGGGAAUUUUUCAGACGAAGAGGAUGUGUUUAGGAGUAAUAAGUGUAGCUCGAAUUUGAGUAGAGGGUUUUCAAAGCAGAAUUUGAAAGUUGAAUUGCCCGAUACUAAUAGGAGAUUUACUGAUGGUGAUUUGGGUGUUAGAGAUUUUGCUGAGAAAAAUUAUACUUCUGCUGGUAUUGGAGGUAUUUUUGGACUCCGGGAACGAGUUCAAGUACAUAAUGCCCAUGGAACAACUAUUCCUAGUCAUGUUAAGAGUACAUUUAAAGAGGUUGAAGAUUUGGGCACACCAAGUGCACCUCCUAUAUUGGAUAUUGGAAGAGAAGGGAGUGACAUGGAGGUUGAAGAAGAAACUGAGCAAAUUCAGGAUGGAAUAUACAAAUCAGUGCAAGCAGAUCAUUUUGAUGGCAAUAAAGAAGGCUUAGCAGAUUCUAAAUCUCGAUCAUUUAAUUGCGCUGAGCUUGGUGAAGAAAGAGUAAAUGAGACCGUGAAUGGAGACAAAGAAGAAAAAAUCCCUUAUUGGCAAAGUAACACAUCUGAUGACUUACAUCAUUAUAAUGCCAGUGGUCAAUAUGCCUGGCAGACUUUAAUCGCUUAUGAUGCAUGCAUACGGUUGUGUCUAUAUGAAUGGGCAAGAGGUUGCCCCGAGGCGCCUGAGUUUCUGCGUGAUGAGUGCCUUCUACUCCGAAGUGCCUUUGGUCUACACAAAUUUUUGUUGCAACCACGAGGUGUACAACCAGUAGAAGUGAGCACUACUAAGAAUGUGGAACAAUUUUCAUUGAAGGCAAAGAAGGUUGCUGGAAAAAUAAGAGUGGAAGUGAAGAAACUUCGCAUAAUCCCAAGGCGGAAACUUAAAAGCACAUAUUCACAGCGAAGUGCAAUGUACAUGCAAGUGGGAGCGGACUAUGUCCGACACGUCUCAUCACUUGUGAAAACUGGCAUGAAUUCUCUUAAAAUAGCCUCAUUUUCAGUGACAUCUGAAGAACCAUUAUCUUGCUUAUUCCAGCUAAAGAGUACUACGGAAGACACCAAAGUUGAACCAAGUUCCACAAUCUGCUUGCACCCUGGGUGUGGUGACUACCAUGUCUUUUUCCCAGAGACUGAAGCUGAUGCUCUUUUGGUGGAAGUCCAAGAUAAAAAGAAAUCAGUCCAGGGCCGAACAACAAUUCCAGUUUCAUCCUUGACUGAUAAUCCCAAUGAUAGAAUCAGAUGGUGGCCCAUAUACCAUGACGAUGAAGAAUGUGUUGGGAAGAUCCAGCUAUCUAUUGGAAGUACAAUUACUUGUGAUGAGACGAGUCAGAUAAAGAGUGCACCCGUUGUGGAGACGCUAGCCUACGAUCUACUCCUGGAGGCUUCAAUGCGUGCACAGCAUUUCCAUUCCCAAAACUUGAGGUUACAAGGACCUUGGCAGUGGCUAUUGACUGAGUUUGCAGACUACUAUGGCGUUUCUGAUUCAUAUACAAAAUUGAGGUAUCUGUUACAUGUCAUGAAUGUGGCCACACCAACAAAAGACUGUUUAGAGCUCGUGCAUGAGUUGCUUGUACCUAUUUUAAAGGCAAGGAGUGAGAAAAGCUUGACAAGACAGGAGAAAAGCAUAUUGCUUGAUUGUGAAACACAAAUUGAGAGUCUCUUGGCAAAUGCUUUUGAGAACUACAAGUCAUUAGAUGAAAAAUCUCCUACAGGGCUAGCAGACUUGUUUGGCCCAACCCAAGAGACUGCAGCACCAGCUCUAGCUCCUGCUGUUAAAGUAUACACUCUUCUUCAUGAUAUACUAUCUCCUGAUGCUCAGACUAUGUUGAGAAACUAUUUGCAGACUGCAGCAAAAAAAAGGUGUCGGAAGCACAUGAUUGAGACUGAUGAGUUUGUUUCAAGCAACUCUGAAGGUUUUCUCUUGGACACAAUUACCAUCUCAACAGCUUAUCUGAAGAUGAAGAAUCUGUGUAUAAACAUUAGUAAAGAGAUUCAGGCAGACAUCAAGAUCCACAAUCAGCAUAUACUCCCCAGUUCAAUUGACCUGUCAAACAUCACAGCUGCAGUAUACAGCACGGAGUUGUGUAACAGGCUUACUGGUUUCCUUGCUGCAUGGCCUCCAUCUAGUCCUGCAUCACAUGUUAAUGAACUUUUGAUUGCAAUUGCAGAUUUUGAGAGGGAUCUUGAGUCAUGGAACAUCAGUUCUGUGCAGGAAGGUGUAGACUCAAAGACUUUGUUUCACAAUUACAUAAUGGUGUGGGUAGAGGAUAUGCAGCUUAAGUUACUUGAUCUUUGCAAGUCUGAAAAGGUGCCAUGGUCUGGAGUAACAACAAAUCAUUCCACCUCUCCGUUUGCUGAAGAAAUGUAUGAGAAGAUCAAAGAUUCUCUUAGUGGAUAUGAGGUGGUGAUCAAUCGAUGGCCUCAGUACUCACUGGUCUUGGAAAAUGCUGUUGCCAAUGUGGAAAGAGCAAUCGUAAAAGCACUAGAGAAACAAUACAAUGACAUCUUGACUCCUUUGAAAGAUAGCAUUCCAAAAAGGCUUAAUAUGCAUGUCCAGAAGCUGACAAGAAGGCAGUCAACAGCACUCUAUUCAGUUCCCAGCCAGUUAGGAAUCUUCCUCAACACCGUCAAGAGAAUUCUUGAUGUCUUGCACUGUAAAGUGGAGGAUAUCUUAAAAUCUUGGGCAUCCUAUCUGCCUCUCAUGGGAGACAAGAAGUUGCUGUUUGGUGAGCAGAUGAAUGGAAUCACUGUCAUGUUGAGGACAAAGUAUAAAAAUUACUUGCAGGCAACAGUGGAGAAACUUGUUAACAAUACACAAGCUAAUCGAAACACAAGACUAAAGAGGAUUCUGGAGGAGAUAAAGGAAGAAGAUGGAGAGGCUGAGAUCCGUGAGAGAAUGCAGAUGCUCAGUUCACAACUGAUUGACUCUAUCUCUAACUUACAUGAGGUCUUCACAAGUCGAAUAUUUGUAGCAACCUGCCGUGGAUUUUGGGAUAGGAUGGGACAGAUUGUACUGAAAUUUCUUGAAGGCAGGAAGGAAAACAGAGUGUGGUAUAAUGGAUCAUAUUUUGCUCUGGGGAUACUGGAUGACACCUUUGCUUCCCAAAUGCAGCGACUGCAAGGAAAUUUGCUCCAAGAAAAAGAUCUUGAGCCUCCUCGUUCUGUGAUUGAAGCUCGGUCUAUCCUCUGCAGAGACACAGCUAAUGCAACAGAUGCAUCCACCUACUUCUAUGUCUGAGAAGCUGCAAACCAACCGAAUUUUUAUGCACAGAGUGUACAGUCACGAGAUUUCAGUGCCAAAUUCUAUUUUUAUUCUUUUUGUAUAUGUAAAAAUACCCAGCACUAUGCUGGGAACCAACGCACCAUGAAAGCAGUCUUAUUUCUGUAUGUCAUCUUCAAAAUUCUUCAA